AUGACGCAGCAGGCUACGCAGAUUGAUGCCAGCCGUACGGCAGUAUUGAUCAUGGACUUCCAGCAACGGAUUAUCGCCAACGUGGCCAGCGAACCGGCCGCGGUGGUGGAGAAUGCAGCCAGGGCGCUGAGCGGCGCUCGUAGUGCGGGAAUUCCGGUGAUAUACGUGGUGCAUCGCGGGGGACCCUUCGCCGACUACGCGCCCGACAUCGAGCUGCACCCGGGAGUUACGCCGGCGGAAGGGGAGCUGGUUAUCACCAAGGUACGGCCUGGCCCAUUCUCGACCACGGCGCUGGAUGUGACCCUGCGCGAUAUGGGGCGGGAUACGCUGGUGAUCAUGGGUGUUGCCACCAGUGGUUGCGUACUGUCGGGGGUUCGGUGGGCCGUGGACGUUAACUACAGCUUCAUCGUGUUAUCUGACGCCUGCUCCGACGGAGAUGCCGAGGUGCACCGGGUGCUGACGGAGAAGGUGUAUCCCCGACAGGGUCAGGUGAUGUCGGUGGAUGAUUUCCUGCAGGCGCUGCCGUGA